GGAGAGUCAAUCGUUGCAAAGGACUGAGGUGGGGCAUCGAUACAGAUGGAUCCCGCAGCCAGCAGUUGCCUGCAGAGUUCCCACCCACCCGUCCCCAUCUGGGGCUGCCUUCGGAACCCCCACGCGGAAGGUGGCGGGGCCUCAGCGCUGCCCCCUUACCCGCCAGCCCCGCUCUCCUUCCACCAGAAAUCAGACUUCCUAGCCACAGCCCCCACAGCGUACCCUGACUUCUCAGCUUCCUGUCUGGCGGCCACCCCCCACAGCCUGCCCAGGGAAGAGCGUAUCUUUACUGAACAGCACCCCGCUUUUCCACAACCCCCUGACUGGCACUUCCCUGUCUCUGAGGCCCGGCAAAGGCUCAAUCUGGGCCCGGCUGGGAACUCCAGGGAGAUGGGAGCCAGCAGCCCAAGCCUGGUAGAUGCCACCGGAGGACCAGGCGAGGACUUCGGGGUGCUGGCGAGCACGGGCAGUGAAACAGAGAAGAAAUCAUCUGGGCGGAAGAAGGAAAGCUCAGACAACCAGGAGAUCCGAGGGAAGCUGGAGGGCGCCAGCAAGGCUCGAAAGGAGAGGACAGCCUUCACCAAGGAGCAGCUGAGGGAGCUGGAGGCCGAGUUCGCUCACCACAACUACCUCACCCGGCUGCGCAGAUAUGAGAUCGCUGUGAACCUUGACCUCUCGGAGCGGCAGGUCAAAGUAUGGUUCCAGAACCGAAGGAUGAAGUGGAAGCGUGUGAAGGGGGGUCAGCCUGUCUCACCCCCCACGCAGGACCCUGACGAUGGGGACUCUGCAGCCUCUCCAAGUUCAGAAUAAAGUUCUCCUGGUGAAGGGGGGAAAAAACUCAACAACAAAAAUGAAAGACGGAGCCCCUCCCCCACCUUCCCCUCCCUGCCCUUCUCCCCAUCCACUUCAUGUAUGAAGAUAUGAAGCUGCCCAGCGGGCCUGAAGGCCUCACCUGUUUCAGAAAGUGCUUGUUGGCAUGGCUCCAUCUUAGCAGUCCUUCCCCAGGGUCAAAUAGCUACUGGAAUGGACGAAUCUGGAAUCAGUUCUGGGGAGGCUGCAUCUCAGGGUCUCUGAGCACCACCUACAUCGGUCCUGUUAUCUUCCUGUUCCAGCCAGGCCUGGGGCCUGAGGGGGGUCGGGGAAGAGGGGGAGAAACCUGGUAAAGCAGCGAGUGACUAAUAAGAGUGAACACUCUGAAAGAAAGGAACUGAAGG